CAGUACAAAACCAAAUUUUGUUUCAACAAAUUAAAACAAUCUACAAAGAAAGAAAGAAAGUAGUAUCAGAAUUGAAUGGCAGCCAUGGCGUCUCUACACACAAUAAUGUUCACUAACUCAGGCAAGAAACCAGCUGCAUCGCUGCCAUGCUCAAGACAUUCACUAACUCAGGCAAAAUUCCUCCUGGGCACUCCCAGGAACGUCGUUACUCCGACCCCCAAGAUAGCCAAGACGCCGAGGUCAUUGACGGUGGUCGCCGCCGUCGGAGAUGUAUCGGAUGCCGGAACCACCUACUUGAUUGCCGGUGCCGCCGCCGUCGCGUUGGUCGGGACUGCUUUCCCUAUCUUCUUCUCCCGCAAGGACACGUGCCCGGAAUGUGACGGGGCGGGUUUCGUGAGGAAAGCAGGGGCGACAUUGAGGGCCAAUGCUGCUAGGAAAGACCAGACUCAAAUUGUAUGCGCUCGCUGCAAUGGUCUUGGCAAGCUCAAUCAAAUUGACAAAUAGACCCAAUACAUAUCUUGGAUCGAGGCAAAUUUUUCUGUGGAUCAUGAAUAAAAGGUACUCCGUAUAUUUUUAAUAUAGUAAACGUACAUUAUUUAUAUAUUGAAUGUACAUUAUUUGUUAUUAUACAAAGUCAAAUAAUGUAUUUUCAAUAUACAAAUAAUUUGUCGUUUGUAUAUUAAAAAUGUACUUUUUAUUUAUAAUCCAUACAGUUGUAUGGAUGAUCCAUUGAACAAUGAUUAAUAUCUUGGGGGUAUGUUCUUUCACCGCUACACUUACGUACUAUUUCAUUUGUAACUUUUAAUGUAUUCUGAUGAUCAAAACCUUGGUCAAGUGUAUAUUGUAAUAAUAUUAAUAAAAAGGGAGCUUUUAUGGUGAUA